AUGGGAGAAAUCGCCAAGUCUAUCGCAAGAGACGGUCUUCCCUUGCUUGGUGGGCCGGUUGGCCUUGAGAGUUCUUCAUCGAAAAAUGAAUCACAUGAAGAGGCAGACAUUAUAAACUCCAAGUUCUCACUCAUUAAUGAUUUAUCGCUUGCUAAAACGCCAUCAACAAUUUGGUUGACCUACAAAAACUCGGGGCAUCUCAGUUAUGCAUCUGAGGCUGAUAUUGCCAAUUAUGUCAAUAUGGUUUUGCGAGACACAAUACAUGCUAUGGGCAGAAGUGAUGAUAUCAUGCUGUAUGCUGAAAUGGGUUUCUGCAAUCAAAGACCUGAUAUUUGGGUUAUUUGUUGCAAUGGCCUGCCUGUGGGCUUUAUUGAAAUCAAGAAGCCAUCAGGUGCAAUCAUGGAUGAGCCACUGCUGGCUGGUCAAGUAUUCGAUUAUCUGAUGUUACUGAAGUCCUUUUAUGGGAUUGAGUUUCAAUUUGGGAUCAUUUCUACAUAUGAACUCUGGCGGGUUUUCUGGUUGCAUAAAACUGAUCCUGUGGCCCAAAUGAACACUGUAUCUAAACCACAAAGUGCCAAUCCAGGUCAAUCACCUCUUGUUAUAUGUCUUCCAGGGAUUCCAUGUUUUGAUAAAAAAAAUAAAACAUCUAUUCAAGUUAUAGGGCAGCUCUCCCAUGCACAGAAAUCCAACCAAAAAUGA